UGUCUCUUUUCGAACGUACAAAAACAAAAAAAUACAAAUAAAGACGAAAAUUAUUGUCCAAAGUGUCCUAAAAUAAUUGUGUAAAGGCUCCUUGCACACCGUAACUACUGCCGAUCGUUGUCAAUUGUUGCUGCCGCCGAGUUAAACGCCAAAUUCCGUGUAAAUCCGAGAAAAAUGUCCGAUCAUGUCAGUACAACAAAUAGUAAUUGUUUACAUUUCGCGAGUUAUUUGUCACAAUACGGCAGAUCGUCCUUUUCCGUGGUGCAUGCCUACUUCAGCACGCCGAUCAGCAAGGAGGCUCGACGACAAAAGGCAUUGACUUGUUUAUGUUAUCAGUGUGGUGGAUCGGGACCUAAUUUGUAUGCGUGUCUUCACUGCAUCUACUUUGGGUGCAAAGGGCCUCAUAUCGGGGAGCAUUUGAAGAUGAACAAACAUUUCAUCGCGCUGGAACUCAGUUACGGGAUGUUGUGGUGCAACAGUUGUCGCGAUUUCAUCUACGAUGCCGAAUGCAUGGAAAUUGCGAGGAAACACCUGCAAAAAGAAGCACGCAGCUUGAACAAAAGUCUUUCAUGGCGACCUUGGGCACCGACACAACUCGAAAUUGACUUGUUGCUGAAACAUCCGAAACGGAGAAUUGUCAGUUCCAUGUCGAGUAUCGGGCUGAGGGGGCUUUUGAAUCUCGGGUCGACAUGUUUUAUGAAUUGUAUCGUGCAAGCGUUGAUCCACACACCACUUUUAAGGGAUUAUUUCCUGUCAGAACAGCACGAAUGCAAUAUCAAGAGCACGAUGAAGUGUCUCGUGUGUGAAGUUGCGCGAGUUUUUCAGGAAUUUUACUCAGGAGCGAAGGCUCCGUUGUCACUACAUCGUCUCCUGCAUCUAAUUUGGAACCAUGCGAGGCAUUUAGCGGGCUACGAGCAACAAGAUGCGCACGAAUUCUUCAUUGCGACACUCGAUGUGCUGCACAGACAUUGCAAAAAUGCCCAAAUGGAGACACAAAAAAGUCAGAGUGACAAGAAAAAAGCCACAGAUAAUGUGCAUGCCCAAUGCAACUGUAUCAUAGAUCAAAUUUUCACGGGUGGACUACAAAGUGACGUCGUCUGCCAGGCAUGUAAAGGUGUCUCGACGACAAUUGAUCCCUUUUGGGACAUUUCCCUCGACUUGGGCGAGGCACAUCAUCCGGGUUGCGGACCGCCAAAGUCCCUCAUUGACUGCUUGGAGCGCUUUACGCGUGCCGAACACCUCGGUUCGAGUGCCAAAAUCAAGUGCUCUUCGUGCAAAAGUUACCAGGAAUCCACGAAACAGCUGUCGAUGCGCACACUGCCAAUUGUCGCGAGCUUUCAUCUCAAACGCUUCGAGCACUCUAGUCAAAUUGAUAAGAAAAUUUCCACGUUUAUCUCAUUCCCGCCCGAACUCGAUAUGACGCCCUUCAUGUCGGCCUGCAAGAAACAAGGUGCUGCCUCGACAUCCACUGCCACGUAUCAGCAGCAGCAGCAGCAACAACAACGAAGCGGCUCCAGCAGCAAAGACGAUUGUGAUACAAAGAAACAAAAUUUGGGUUGUGGCGAUUACCGGUACUCACUUUAUGCGGUAAUUAAUCAUGUGGGCACGCUCGAUGCCGGUCACUACACGGCUUACGUGCGACAUCACAAAGAUAUUUGGGUGAAAUGUGACGAUCACAUUAUCACGACAGCGACACUGAAACAAGUAUUAGAUAGCGAAGGAUACCUCCUGUUUUAUCAUAAAAAAGUAUUAGAAUACGAAUAACUAUUUCCGAAAUCAGAGAAGAAAAAAAAUUAUGUACGUGUUUCGUCGUUCUCUCGUGUUAUUACGAUUAAUUUAUCUAUUUUUGUAUCCUUCUUUUAAUGUUAUACGACUAUUUUUUUAAUGACAUAGACAAUUGUUAGUUAGUAAGAUCGGUUAAUUUAACGAUUUCUUUAAUUG